AUGGUUUCCGACCGCCACCGCAGUGAGGCCCCGGUGUAUGCACCAGGGAACCGGGUCUGGCUCUCGACCCGAAACCUACCCCUUCGUCUGCCGUGCCGGAAGCUGGGUAUGCGGUUUGUGGGGCCAUUUAAAGUCCUGAGGAGACUGAACGAGCACUCUGAGGUGCGGGAGGUUCCUCCGCCCCCUCUGGACAUCGAGGGGGCCCCGGCGUAUACUGUGCGAGCCAUCAUGGACUCAAGGCGUCGGGCGAGGGGUCUUCAGUACCUCGUGGAGUGGGAGGGGUAUGGUCCAGAGGAGAGAUGCUGGGUGCCGGUGGAGGACAUCCUGGACCCUUCCUUACUGCAGGAAUUUCACUGUCUCCACUCGGAUUGCCCUGCGCCUUGUCCUCUGGGUUGUCCCCGAGGCCAGUUGAAGAAAGCCAAGCUGGAUGGAGCCCAAGAGAAGUUCAACACGUAUGUGACCCUGAAGGUGCAAAAUGUGAAGAGCACGACCAUCGCUGUCCGGGGAAGCCUGCCCAGCUGGGAGCAGGACUUCAUGUUUGAGAUUAACAGGCUGGACCUGGGGCUGACGGUGGAGAUGUGGAAUAAAGGCUUAAUAUGGGACACCAUGGUUGGCACGGUGUGGAUCCCCCUGCACAGCAUCCGCCAAUCAAACGAGGAGGGUCCGGGGGACUGGCUGACCCUGGACUCCCAGGUUAUCAUGGCGGACAACGAUAUCUGUGGAACCAAAGACCCCACUUUACACCAGGUGCUGCUGGACACACGCUUUGAACUUCCUCUCGAUAUCCCUGAGGAAGAGGCACGCUAUUGGGCCAAAAAACUGGAGCAACUCAAUGCCAUGAGAGACCAGGAUGACUCGUACCAGGAAGACCUGGAGCGACCACUUCCUGUCCCAGGGACACAGUGCUGUAACUGGAGUCUGUGGGGAGAACAACAAAAUGAGGACCCAGACAGUGCUGUGGAUGACCGAGACAGUGACUACCGCAGUGAGACCAGUAACAGCAUCCCUCCCCCCUACUAUACCACGUCUCAGCCCAACGCCUCCGUCCACCAGUACCCCAUCAGAGACCAGCAGCACCGCCAGGGGACCCGCCCCUCCUCCUACCCCCCUUCCAACAGCUGUGGCCCCCUCGACUACCACCAGAGGGCCAUCAGGUAUGUGUGUCUCUCCUGCUCCUCUGUCUGUAUACUCCCUGGUCUCCUGCUCUCUCUCCCCUCUUCACAUCUCUCUCCCCCUCUCUCCCUCUCCCCCUCUCUCCUCUCCUUCUCCUCCAGCCCUACGGGGAGCUAUGCGUCGUCGGCAGAGUUGAGUCGCUGCAGCAGCCAGCUGAGUGAGGAGGAGUACGGCCCGGAGUACAGAGAGAGGGAUCCUUACGAUGAGAACGACUCUUACCACUCCUGUCACUCCUCUGUCACCUACAGCAAGGGCUCUCCCGACUGGGACCCUGACGAGACCCAGGGGGGGUACAGCGAUGAGGGGGGCUACAGUAAGGACGGGGGUGAGGAGGCCCUCUAUGAGGAGGAUGACGGGGGCCUGUAUGAGGAAGAGGGGACAUAUGAAGGAGAGGAGGGCGAGAUUUAUGACGAUGAGGAUUACCCUCUGGACGGCACCCUCAGUGAGGAUAUGGAGGUCCCCUACACCCCCACCCCCACCAGCACGGCACCCCCCACACUCAACGUCCCCGGUGCUUCUAGACCCCUGGAAAAACAGCCUUCUCUGCAUCAACAUCAGGCGCCACCCGUCCAGCCGCCCAGCCAAGCCCCAAAUCAAGCCCACCCUCCGGCCAUGGCUCCAGGAGGACAGCCCCUGGGUCAGCCACCCACCCAGGCCCCUCAACCACAGUCUCAGCCCCAGUCAGUCCCCGGCCCAGCACCAGCCCAGUCCUUCUUCUCCAUGGCAAAGCCCUUCUCAGCAGCAGUAACAGGCCUGGCCUCAUCUUUUCUGUCUUCUGGACUCCCCACUGCCCAACCUGCCCAGCCUCACCCCCCAGGCCCACAACCCCAGGCUCACCCCCCAGGCUCACAACCCCAGCCCCAGUCUGCCUCCUCCAUUCCCCCGUCUCACCCUGCCACCGGGGCCCCUUCCCCUCAGGGCACCCAGUCCACAACCACUGGCCCUCCCUCCCAGCCGACCCCCUCCACUGCACCCCCCUCAGGCCCAGCCCCUGCCCAAACAACUCCCCAAUCAGAGGGCCUCGAUUCCAAACCCCCGCCGGAGGACCAACACCUUCUAGAGGAAAACGAAUCCCUUCCACCCGAGGUUAGGAUCCCCACCCCCAUAGAGGAGGAACCCUCCAUGGAAGACGAGGAGCUGAGGUUUGACGCCGCCCCCACCCCCAUAGAGGAGGUUGAGCCCAUCCCUGAGAGUGGUCCUGUAGAUGAGGAGCCCAAGGAGCCGGUGGACCCGUCGCUGCGGGCGAGAGAGAACUGGCUACGAAUCAUCAACAGGGUCCAACAGCAGCUUCGGGAGGCACGAGGAGAGACAUCCAAUUCUUUGUGGUUUGGUAAAGGAGGGGUGGGAGAGGUUUUGUACAGCAUCGACAGCAUGCCUGAUCUGCGCAAGAAGAAAGGCCCCUGCCUGGUCAAAGACCUGUUACAGGCCAUGUCUAUGGCCUCUCAGAACGCUCGGAAGGCUGGGAUCACCACAGCGAUGGCAUGCAGCACCCUCGGCAAUGAGGACCUGAAAAGUCACGUUUAUAAGAAGACCCUACAGGCUCUGAUCUACCCCAUCUCCUGCACUACGCCCCAUAACUUUGAGGUGUGGACGGCCACCACUCCCACCUACUGCUAUGAGUGUGAGGGGCUGCUGUGGGGCAUCGCCCGCCAGGGCAUGAGGUGCUCCGAGUGUGGGGUCAAAUGUCACGACAAGUGUCAGGACCUGCUAAAUGCCGACUGCCUGCAGAGGGCAGCGGAGAAGAGUUCUAAGCACGGGGCAGAGGACAGAACCCAGAACAUCAUCAUGGUUCUAAAGGACAGAAUGAAGAUCAGAGAGAGGAACAAACCGGAAAUCUUCGAGCUCAUCCAGGAAGUGUUUACCGUCGUCAAGGCGACGCACGCCACGCAGAUGAAGCAGAUCAAACAGAGUGUGCUGGAUGGGACGUCCAAGUGGUCGGCCAUGAUCAGCAUGACUGUGCAGUGUGCUCAGGGCCUCCAGGCCAAGGACAAGACUGGUUCCAGUGACCCCUACGUCACAGUUCAGGUGGGCAAGACCAAGAAGAGGACCAAGACCAUCUACGGCAACCUCAACCCUGUCUGGGAGGAGAACUUCCACUUUGAAUGCCACAACUCGUCAGACCGCAUUAAGGUACGCGUGUGGGAUGAGGACGAUGACAUCAAGUCCAGGGUGAAGCAGAAGUUCAAACGGGAGUCAGAUGACUUCCUGGGUCAGACCAUCAUCGAGGUCCGCACGCUCAGCGGAGAGAUGGACGUCUGGUACAACCUGGACAAGAGAACAGACAAGUCAGCUGUGUCUGGAGCCAUCCGGAUGCACAUCAGUGUAGAGAUCAAAGGAGAGGAGACUGUGGCUCCCUACCAUGUCCAGUACACCUGUCUACAUGAGCACCUGUUCCAGUACACUACAGAGGUGCAGAACAGUGGUGUGGUGAAGAUCCCUGAUGCUAAAGGAGACGACGCGUGGAAGGUGUACUUCGAGGAGACUCCCCAGGAGAUCGUGGAUGAGUUCGCCAUGCGUUACGGAGUGGAGUCCAUCUACCAGGCUAUGACCCACUUUGCCUGCCUGUCGUCUAAGUACAUGUGCCCGGGCGUGCCCGCGGUGAUGAGUACCCUGCUGGCCAACAUCAAUGCUUACUACGCCCACACCACCCAGUCCACCAAUAACGUCUCGGCAUCAGACCGCUUCGCCGCAUCCAACUUUGGAAAGGACAGGUUUGUGAAACUCCUAGAUCAGCUCCACAACUCCCUGAGGAUUGACCUAUCUAUGUACCGGAAUAACUUCCCAGCCAGUAGCCCUGAGAGGCUGCAGGACCUCAAAUCCACUGUAGACCUACUGACCAGCAUCACCUUCUUCAGGAUGAAGGUCCAGGAGCUGCAGAGUCCCCCCAGGGCCAGUCAGGUGGUGAAGGACUGUGUUAAAGCCUGUCUCAACUCCACCUAUGAAUACAUCUUCAACAACUGCCAUGAACUCUACAGCAGAGAGUACCAGACAGACCCUGCGAAGGCUGACGUUCCAGAAGAGCAGGGUCCCAGUAUCAAGAACUUGGACUUCUGGUCAAAACUCAUCACCCUCAUCGUCUCCAUCAUAGAGGAAGACAAAAACUCCUAUACACCCUGUCUCAACCAGUUUCCUCAGGAACUGAAUGUGGGCGUGAUCAGUGCAGAGGUCAUGUGGAACAUGUUUGCUCAAGAUAUGAGAUAUGCCAUGGAGGAGCAUGAGAAAAACCGGCUGUGUAAGAGUGCCGAUUACAUGAACCUGCACUUCAAGGUGAAGUGGCUCUACAACGAAUACUGCAAAGAGCUGCCCACCUUCCAGAAACGUGUACCUGAGUAUCCAGCGUGGUUCGAGCCGUUUGUCAUCCAGUGGUUGGACGAGAACGAGGAAGUGUCCAGAGACUUCCUGCACGGUGCCCUAGUGAGGGACACAAAGGACGGGUUCCAGGUGACGUCAGAGCAUGCUCUGUUCUCCUGUUCGGUGGUGGAUGUGUUCUCUCAGCUCAACCAGAGCUUCGAGAUCAUACGCAAGUUAGAGUGUCCUGACCCCCAGAUCGUAGGGAACUACAUGAAGAGAUUCGCCAAGACCAUCGGGAACGUUCUGCUGUCCUAUGCUGAGAUCAUUUCCAAAGAGUUCCCUAAACAAUGUGGGAACAAAGAGAAAGAGAAAGUGCCCUGCAUCAUCAUGAAUAACAUCCAACAGCUUAGAGUGCAGCUGGAGAAGAUGUUUGAGGCCAUGGGAGGCAAAAAUCUGAACGUGGAGGCCAGUGACUUCCUGAAGGACCUGCAAUUAAAGCUCAACAACGUCAUGGACGACCUUAGUAGGAUCUUUGCCGUCAGUUUUCAGCCCCAGAUUGAGGAAAAUGUAAAGCAGAUGGGAGACAUCUUGGGCCAGGUGAAGGGACAGACUGUUACAGACAACAACAGCGUGGCUGGGGACGCAGACAACGUCCUGCAGCCCAUCAUGGACUUCCUCGACACCAAUCUGUCGCUGUUUGCUAAGAUUUGUGAGAAGACUGUGCUGAAGAGAGUGCUGAAGGAACUGUGGAAACUGGUCAUUAACACUAUGGAGAAAAGCAUUGUGCUUCCCCCGUUCACAGACCAGUCGGGCACUCAGAUGAUCUUUAAUGCAGCUAAGGAGUUGGGUCAGCUUUCUAAGCUCAAGGAGCACAUUGUGAGAGAGGAGGCCAAGGCUCUCUCCCCUAAACAGUGUGCCAUCAUAGAGCUGGCAUUGGACACCAUUAAGCAAUACUUCCAUGCGGGUGGUGUGGGUCUGAAGAAGACGUUCCUGGAGAAGAGUCCUGACCUGAAGUCUCUGCACUACGCCCUGUCCCUCUACACACAACACACUGACAAGCUCAUCAGGAAGUUUGUCCUUUCACAAAACGCUCAGGUCCAUGGAGGGAAGGGGGUCAGGUAUACCCUCAACGAAGACACAUUACCAGAAAAGGGGUCGGGAGUGGAGGAGCCAAUCGGAGAGGUGGUAAUGCACGUGGAGAUCUACACCCAUCCCAACACUGGAGAACACAAGAUCACUGUGAGAGUGAUUGCUGCUAAUGACAUUAAAUGGCAGACCCAGGGGAUAUUUCGUCCCUUCGUGGAGGUCUACAUCAUUGGUCCCCACCUCACUGACAAAAAGAGGAAGCACGCCACCAAGUCCAAGAAUAACAGCUGGUCGCCCAAGUUCAACGAGACCUUCCAGUAUUCCUUGGGCAGUGAGUUGGGUCCGGAGGGCUAUGAGCUGCAGGUGUGUGUGAAGGACUACUGCUUCGCCAGGGAGGACCGUACGGUGGGCAUGGCCCUGAUGCAGUUGAAGGACAUGGCCUCCCGGGGCAGCAUGACAUGCUGGCUCCCCCUGGGGAAGAGGGUCCACAUGGACGAGACGGGCCUGACGGUACUGAGGAUCCUGUCCCAACGCAACAACGACGACGUGGCCAAAGAGUUUGUCAAGCUCAAGUCAGACCAGCGCUCUGCCGAGGAGGGACGGGCGAGCUGAGCGGGAGAGUAGAGAUGGGCCUAGUGAUCAAGAUACUGAUUUAGAUAUACACACACACACAGUUACUAAUACAAUACUGGCAUGUUUAUGUCAUAUAAACACAGUCAUGAACACACUAAUCAUCUCUAAUCACAUAAUGAUUAUCAAAUGUACACAGAGGUGACCAACAGUUCCUUUGAGCACCUGUCAAUGAACCAAUCAAUUUAUCAAUCCAUUUCUACUGCUCUCUCUCUCAUUAUCUCUCUUUCACUCUUGCAUAUUACACAUUUUAUAUAUAUUUAAUGCAGAAAUGUGAGAAACAAAUAUCACCUGAUGAGUUAUGGUGGAGUUAUAGAGACAGAUGACUUUGCACUUUGACCUCUCGGCAUGUUCAAGAGAGCAGCCCUAAACCCCAACUCUUACUUCUCUGUCUGUUCCUAUUAGUCUGUCUGUGGGUUUAUCAGUGUGUUGUUCUCUUUCGCUCUCUUUCCUUUUCUCUAUGUUGUGCUCAGUCUUCCUGUCAUGUGAUGUGCUCUGGGUAGAAGUAGACCUCAGUGACAGAUCUAGGAUCAACUUACACAGAUGUCCUGGCUUUCCCUGUUGGGGAGAGGGAAAUGUAACAUUGAUCUUAGAUCAGCGUCUGGGUGCAGCUUCAUCCUACCUCGUGUGAUGAUGUACUUCCUGCAUGUUGAACCCAAUUCUCAGAGAACACUGUGAUUAAUUAGCUGAUACCACGGCAACAGCUGUACAGACCCUGCCCCCCACGGACACUUGACACCUUAUACCUGUGUGCACGGUGCAUAUAACCUGGUAUAAUAAGGGUUAACAUAAUAAUAACCUUUGUAACCAUGAAGAAAACUACUAUCCAGUAAAAAACUAAGUGAGGAAAGAAGAAUGUGCCGACGUUUGAUAUGAAUGUGUAUUUUGUAAGACACGGCAGUCUUUCACAUGGGUUGAGGUUAGCCUAGGUUUGGAUCAGAGUUGUUGGAUGUUAGCGUGUUUGGAACACACCAUAUGGCCAUGUUGUAUAUAGACACUGAGAUGGUGCCGCAGACCCAAACAUGUACCUUUUGAAGAUGGUCUGCUCUUUUUACAUACUCACCUACCCUAGCAAUGGCCCUGGCCUGACAUUACUAUAAAGGAGUAAUACUAGCCAAUAGAUGGUUGAUUCAACCCCUCAUAAACCCCCUUCUAUGUUCCCUUGAAAGUGCACAAAUACUGCAAAGGGCUACAGGACCAGCAGACAUAGACAUUACAUAGACACUGCCUGGUCACUUCUCCCGUCUGUGUCUGUGAGAAUUGAAUAAAUAUGUUUUCUGUGCUAUGGGCCAUAAGAUAAAACGAACCCAUAGGCCACGAUAUACAGUGAGCACCAGAAGUAUUGGGACAGAGACACAUGUUGCGUUGUUUUGGCUCUGGACUCCAGCACUUUGGAUUUGAAAUGAUACAAUGACUUUUCAUUUAGAAACUUUUUGUACAUAGUCCCCCCAUUUUAAGGGACCAAAAGUAUUGGGACAAAUUCACUUAUAUGGGUAUUAAAGUAGUUAAAAUUUCAGUAUUUGGUCCCACAUUCCUUGCACGUAAUGAUUACAUCACGCUUGUGACUCUACAAAUUUGUUGGAUUCAUUUGCACGUUUGUUUUGGUUGUGUUUCAGAUUGCUACAUGCUAACAUCCCAUGCUAUUGUAAAGGUGAGAGGUUAGCAUGUCUUGGGGGUAUGAUAUAAACUGCUAACAUCCCAUGCUAUUGUAAAGGUGAGAGGUUAGCAUGUCUUGGGGGUAUGAUAUAAACUGCUAACAUCCCAUGCUAUUGUAAAGGUGAGAGGUUAGCAUGUCUUGGGGGUAUGAU